AGGAACUGAAAAUGUUUACGGCGCAUGUGAAGUGGAAGCAAUGUGCUAGCUAGUUCUUUGGUUUUCAAAUCGGCGAGCGAUCGAAGCAGAGAUACAGGUUUGUUCCAACUCUAAGAUGUCUGAACAGUGUGCAGUUCCACUGUGUCUUCCAAACAACUGUAGAUGGGAUGAGCAGACUGGAGAAUACAGCAAGACUAGCGGUGCCAGAGAUAGCCUCUACGUGGUUGAUGCAGCCAUCGAAAGGCUCAGAAACACCAAAGGUCCCGUAUGUGUGGUGUCAAUUGCUGGGCCUUGCCGAAAAGGCAAGUCGUACAUCCUGAGUAAAGCAUUUGAUCAAGGAGAGGUGUUUCCUCUCGGGCAUUUCCUGGACCCUGAGACCAUGGGAAUCUGGAUGUGGAUCGUACCCGAAAAGUUUAAGGACGCCAGUGGACAGGAAUUCACGGUGGUUUUAUUGGACUCUGAAGGAAUAGACGCUGUGUCAAGUGAAGGCUCUGACGAUCACUGUAUAUUUACACUGACUAUUCUACUGGCUUCAGUGUUGAUUUACAACUCAGCUGGGGUACCAACCAGGACUGACCUUGAGGGACUUGACUUCAUACUUAAACUUUCCCAGCGAAUUCAGCUUCGUUCAUCGGCCCAAAUGGAGUCUUCCCAGGGAACCAGUCCGCAAGACGACGCCAAUUAUUUCCACAAAACCUUUCCAUUCUUCAUUUGGCUGUUACGAGAUGUUGUGCUUGCUCUUCCAAAAGAUUGCCCGAGCAUAAAGGAUUACUUUCUGACAAGGGUUUUCAAUGCUACAUCAGAUUCCAAAGGUGACCAAGCCACUAAAGUAGCCGAGAGUAUCUUGAACUUCUUUCCUGGUUUCGACGCUUUUAAGCUUCCUCCCCCGGCUUCGGACCCGGAAGUGGUAUUAAACCUUAACAGAGAGGAAGUACAGCAAGAUAUCAACAAAUCGUUUGUCCGGGGGGUGCAGGAAUUCAAAGCGAUGCUCAGGUCUAAAUUAGCGCCUAAGCGCAGCUUUAAUGAUGGAGAGUAUGUCACUGGUGAAGCACUUGCAGCCCUUAUCAACAUCUACGUUGCGGCCUUGAACACUCCUGGUACUGUGCCCAGUGUGCAGAGUGCUUGGGAGACGUUUGUCCACACAAAGUGCUCAGAGGCAAAAGUCGCCGCUUUGCAGGUGUAUCAAAGCUACAUGGAGUCACAGCUGGAUGGUGUACUGCCUUGCGACAGUGACGAGAUUCGCCUGGUCCAGCAGACUGCGAUCGAAGAAAGCAUGAGGCUGUUUCAGGGAGAAACCUUCGGAGUAUCGGCAACAAGCAGUGAAAAAUAUUUGGACGAGCUCACGGAGUGUAUGGAAAGUGGUUUGAAACGAUGGCAGCAAGAAAACAAUCGAUUGACCAAGGAAGGCUGCUACAGGUUGCUUCGAGGUCUCAAAGAGCAGCAACUGGAUCCCAUUCUAACACUGCUUAGUAGCAAAGAUGGAGCCUCAGUGACCUUUGCUCAAAUCAUCGGAGGUUACUCAGCAAUUGAACAAGGCUUUAAGCGCGACGCUAAGGGCGCCAAGGAUGUGUGUGCUCAAGUGUUCUACGAGUUCCAUCCGGAAAUGCAGGCAGAGAUGGAGAAGCACAUGGCUCACUUGCAACAGCUUAAAGACUUUGACGAGACUCUGGCUCUGGAGAGAGAAGAAAAGGCUCGUCAAGAGCAGGAAAGGCGACGAAUGGAGGAAGAGAAUGCUCGUCUGGAGGAGGAGCGGCGCACUAAAGAGAAGGAGAUGGAGCUAUUGAAGGCCAAACAAGAAGAAGACAGACAACGCUUGGAAGAGCAGUUUAGAGCGGACAUGGAAGCUCAGAGGGUACAAAUGCAGAACAUGAUGACAGCAAACAUGGACGAGCUGCGAAAAGACAGGGAAGCCAUUGUGGAGCAGAACCAAACACUGAAGCAGACAAUGGAUCAGAUGCGCCAAGCAAUGGACCAGAGAAAUGCUCAGAUCACGGAGCUGCAGAAGCAAAUCACUGUCCUCAAGUCUCGGCCCCCUCCUCCACCGCCAGCUGGUGGUGGUGGAUGUAUGAUUCUGUGAACUGAAGCAAAUAAGUACACGUUCACACUGAGUGGAACUUACACUGACGGGCGUGGCAAAAGGAAAAAAGCAGUUGCAACUUUAUACUAUAAACAGUACAAUUUUAAGUUAAAUUAUUUAAUCGAUUGUUGGGAGGAAAACCUUAAUUGGCCCCUUAACUGUCAAUUUUAGAGAAGUAGGUUUACAUUGAUAGAGAAUCAAGAUAUACUUAGAUAAUUCGAAUUGAACUAGUUGUAGGUAAUAUCCCCCCCGGGGGGGGCUCCCAUAUAAAAAGGACGGGGGUGCUCGUCGGAGAUUUUGAAAAGAACCCCUAAGAGGUAGCAAGAUCCUGUUUUGUGGGCGUGGCUUGAAUCUUUUUUUUUUUUUUUUUGACCCCUGAGAGAUACCAGUUCUAAACGACACAUUAUCCCUAAAAGGUACCGCAGAAGCUCUCAUUGUGG